UCUCCUUUAGUCACUCAUCCUCGCUGGAAGACACAGGCUGGAUCCAGGGAAAUGUUGUCUCCUGAGUGGAUUGUUAUCAUAGUCUUCACUCUUCUGGAAACUUUGAUGGCAUUUAUAUUAAACAUCGGGAUUGUCCUGGCAGACAGUAAGAGCUGGAGACAAGGACAGAAAUGGAACCCUUCUGAUCUCAUCCAUCUCAUCAUAGGACUGGUAAAUAUCGUUCUACAAUCCUCGCUGACUGGGCAGGGUAUUGUCUUUGUGUUUUUUCUUCCUGCCUUCGUUCUUAAGGAAGUCUACUUACCAGCAAUAUUUCUUACAAUGUCUUUGAUAUAUUGUAGCUAUUGGCUUUCCGCCUGGCUCUGUGUGUACUAUUGUAUCAGCAUCACCAACCUCCCUCACCAAGUCUUUGUUUGGUUAAAGAAGACGUUCUCGAGUUAUCUUCCUCAUCUCCUGUUGCUAUCAAUGGUUGCGUCCAUCCUCAUAACUCUUCCAACUAUCUGGACUGUUGAGGUUAAAGUGAUAAAAGAAUCUCUUGGAAAUGGUUCCCAUGAUUCUGCAACGAUCAGCGCAGCAUUUUCCUUCAGUUUCGCCUACAUCCAGACGGCCAACGUUUUGGGUUGCUUCUUACCAUUUCUAUUGAUCUUGGUCUCCAUAGUGGUGACCGUGUCCUCUCUUCUAAAGCACAUGUGGAAGGUGAAGCAGAACGACUCUGGUUUUGGUGGAUCGAAGUUCCGGGCUCACAUCAAUGCUAUAAAAACAAUGAUCCUCUUCCUUAUACUUUUCAUAAUCUUCUUUAUUGAUGUCAAUGUGUUCUUUAUGAUGGGAAUCAACACUAACAACCCGGUGACCAUUGCCGCCUGGGUGAUAUUCAUAUCCUUCCCACUAGCUGAGUCCAUCAUCAUUAUCCAGGCCAGUGCCAAGCUGAGGAAGUUUUUGUUUGGAAAAAUUCUCAAUGGAAACCGAUGGGGCACCCACAAUUGA